AUGGUGAAGGAAAGAAAGUACUAUGAUCUGCUCGGUGUACCUGUGACCGCAACUGAGGCGGAAAUAAAAAAGGCCUACCGCCAAAAGGCCCUUAAGUAUCACCCAGACAAAAAUCCGGAUAGCGCAGAUAAGUUCAAAGAAAUUUCUCAAGCAUUUAUGGUUCUGAGCGACCCUGAAAAAAGAGAAAUAUAUGAUACAAGAGGAGAGCAAGGAAUUAAGGAGGGUGGAGUUGAGUCAGGUGGAAUGGCUGACCCAAUGGAUAUAUUCCAAAUGUUCUUCGGGGGUGGUCGUUCUCGCGGACCCCGUCGAGGAAAAGACUGUGUGCACCAGUUAUCAGUGACUUUAGAAGAGCUAUACAAUGGCAGUGUUAGAAAACUUGGAGUUACGCGAAAAGUUAUUUGUGAUCAGUGUCAAGGUCGUGGUGGCAAGGCGGGUGCUGUUGUAACCUGUCGUACGUGUCGCGGAACAGGCAUUCAGACUCACGUUCGCCAGUUAAACGUCGGAUUUGUGCAGCAGAUACAGACCACUUGCAGUGCGUGCAAGGGUGAGAAAGAGAUUAUUGAUCCAAAGGAUUGUUGCAAAAAGUGUGAAGGCAGAAAAGUUGUCCGCGAAACCAAGGUGAUUGAAGUCCCAAUAGACAAAGGAAUGACCGAUGGUCAAACAAUCAAAUUUCAUGACGAAGGUGAUCGCGAACCGGGCCUAGAACCUGGUGAUCUUAUCAUUACCCUUGAUGAGCAACCGCAUAGCCGUUUCAUCAGACGUCGAAACGACUUGAUACACACCAUAGAAUUAUCACUCUCUGAAGCCUUGUGUGGCUUCCAGCGGACGAUACGAACAUUAGAUGAUCGGACACUAGUGAUAACUUCCAGACCCGGUGAGGUGUAUACUAAUAAGGACUUUCGUGCGAUUGAAGGAGAGGGAAUGCCAAGAUACAAAAACCCGUUCGACAAAGGCCGACUCAUCAUAAAGUUCGACAUAGUAUUCCCGAAGAAUGGAUUUCUUCCAAAGACCCAACUGGAAUCGUUGCGAAAGUUACUUCCUCCACCUACCUGUAUCGAAGAUAUUCCCGAAGAUGCAGAAUCGGUUGAGUUGCAUCCGUUCGAUCCCGAGUUUGACCACCAGCAACAGGAACGCCGAGGAGAAGUAUACGAAGAUGUGGAUGGUUCUGAGAGUUCCAACCCGCGAGUUCAGUGUGCAUCUGCUUAA